ACUUAGCCAAUGCCAGAGGGCGCUCAAUAUAGUUGAUUGUGUUCUGCUCCAAUAAAAUGGCGCCGACAUAUGGUAGUUCUGCUUCAAGCUCCUAUGUACGACUGCACGGUUGGAACUAGGAAUGCAAGCGUUUCGCAACCAGCAAUAACGUCCGCUAAAUACGUGUAUGUGACCAACACAUUUUCUUUCGUACCUGACGUAUAACGUCACGUUUCCUCAUUCGAUAGUUUUUCAAAACAUUCCCGGCUAAAUCUCAAACUAGUCGCUUUUAGCUAGCUACUAAAACAAGGAACAUGGUUCAGGAAUUUCAUGUCCUAAGAUGCUGUUCUUGCCAAACCUACCAAGUGCAACAGGUUAAAAAGAGCAAAAAAUGGAACUGCAAGCUGUGUGGGGAAAAGCAGUCGGUCAUUAAGGAGUUUGGUCGUGGCUCUGGAGUGGAUUGCAGACGUCAUGUUCAGAAGGCCAAUGCCAGGCGUGGAGAGAUACUUGAAGAGCAGGACCAGAGAGCCUGGUCACGAUGGGAGGAGGUGGAUGAUGUGGCUGAAGAAGAGGUUGUAGAAAAAGCUCAGGAGUGUUGUAACCAGAUUGCAGAAGAGGCUAAUGGGAGUCGCUGGGGUAAAUACCUGCAGACGAGUGACGAAGGGGUGGGUCAAGAAGAAGCUGAGGAAGAGGAGAAUGUUUACAUGGACAGAAACCAUCUCCAAGGCAACAUAAAUGUCAGAAAGAGGAAGAGAGGUCGAGGGGAGAAUGAGGGGAGGGGAUAUCGCAGUGGAGAAGAGGACACCAUGCCUCCUACACAAGGCUGGAGGACGAAAGGGAAGUCGGCUAAUCCACCACAACACAACAGACCCCCAGGCUCAUUGGCCCCUUUACAGUGGUCUCCCAAACAGUCAGCUCCCUGCAGACCACCAGUCCCAGCUUACAGCAAACCCCCUACUGUAAUUGAACCACCCUCAACUACCAGCAGCAAACUCUCUUCAACCUCAGUCCCCUACAGAGCAAAUACAGCGACGACCUCGCAACCUUCUGGAUCCUCGGGUACUGCAGUGUCACAGGCCUCCAAGUGGGCCCAGUUCCUUACUGCCUCUCCUGAGGAAGAUGAGACCAACUGGAGUGGUAGUACAAUGCAUAUGGAUGAGUUCCAAACCACUGGUUCAAUGUUCUCAAAUGUUCCUAAUGUGGUGCUCAAAAACCAGAACCCUUUUGGACAACUGGCCUGUAGUGGUUUUUCCAAAUUGUCUGGGCUAGGUGGGGGUAGUGGUUUUCUGGGGAGGAGCACCAGAAAGACAUUUGAUAGGCUGAAGUCGACUACCCCCCGUUGUGGAGAGGCAUCCUAUAGUGAAGGAGGUCCUGCCCAUAUGACGUUACAGGAGGGCAAAGCACCAGUCUGUCAUGAGCCCCUGCCCACCAAGCACCCAUGCCCCACCCUCUCUCUGGGGAGCCUGUUCUACACGGAUGACGACUUUGAUGACACAUUUUAAAAGCCAUGUAAUGCGUGCUCUUUUUGUGUAUCUAUAGACGAAGUGGCCUACUCUAAACGUUUUGUAAUUAAUAUUUAAAGCAUUAAUCUCUGGAUUUUGUCUAAUAGUUCAUGGUUGCAAUAAAUGAUUAAACUAUGUAUUUAAUGACAGUAUGAAAAUCCAAUGACAAUACAGUUUCUUUGCAGAAGUAUUUUAUUUGGUCAGGGAGAGAAAUGUUUUCAGUGUUAGUCAUGAUUCACACCCUUCACUUGAUGCUGUUGACACCGAUAAUGGACAUGACAGUUUAUACGUCUGGCAAUAAUAAGUGUAAGAAUCAUAACUUGAUUAAUU